GGUGUGAUACGAUGAAGGCAACAUCAGCGCUGGUCUUGAUAACGUUGAUUGCGCUGGUGGGCUUGCGGGCCCCUGCCGCGUACAAGCUCUUCUCCACCUCGGAUAGUGGUACUCUGUCAAGUGAAACUACUCAAAUAUGGAGAUACGGACAAGGGGACGCAGGCUGCCAGGACAUGUCUGCAUAUGGCAGCUCGCAUUGCCAGACUGUCGAUGAAUUGGGUGCCAAAAGCGCGGUGUGUGUCCUUCCUGCCUUCCUGGGUGGCACCAUCGACCCGGGGCGCCUGCUCAGCGGCGCCAGCGCGCCUCUCCUACUAGACAGCGACCUUUCUAACAUCGGUGGCCCAGUUCAACUAGGCAGCGUAAACGCCUUCGGCCUGGGGGCCAGCCAGCUGGUGGUGACGGCGACGGCCGAGUGCGGCUGGCUCUUGCUUGCGCCGCCCGCCGUGACGUUUGGCACCGCCGAUGGCGAUGCCGAACAGGUCAGCCAAGAUCUGACGUCAACAGAUGGCGCCGCAGCCCCGGACAGCAGCAGUGCGGAUCCGGAUCCGGCGUUCAGGCAGCUGUACAGCUGCGGAUCCACGCAGCUGGAUCUGCCGCAAGAACUGAGCCAGCAGCUGACGUCGGCUGGUGAGGGCGACGCGGCAGCGCCGUCACUGCCGCUGACCGUGCGGUUGCGGAUGGCGAGGCUGGGGGCGGCCGCGUCUGGCACCGGCGGCGGCUCCUCCUGCUCCUCGCUGGGACCCGAGGUGCUCAUAACGCGCCGGCUGGAGCUGCGGCCACCCUCGCUGCCGUCGGAGGCCGUCACGCAGCGCUGGGCGGAGAGCUCCAAGUCUACAUCGGCGGGCGAGAGUGCGCAGCUGCUGAGCGCGGCAGUGGCGCCGGAGGGAUUUGACCUUGUCACCACCGCCAGCCUGCAGGUCCGUGUGGGCGAGGAAGAGCAGCUGGUGGUGCGGCAGCUGCGAGGCACAGGCGACGUCCUGGACGCCUCGCUUGCGGCCUACAACGUCUCGUACGCCCUCGCAGGCCUCCGGCUGCCCGGCACAACCCAGUCCGAUGACGGCAGUAGCAGCAGCGGCACCGGCAGUAGCAGCCACGCCAGCCGCUGCCAGGCGGCGGCGGCGGCGCAGGCGGAGCUGCUGGCGGCGGCGCUGGGUCUGCCGCCGGCCAACGUCACCGUGACCUGCUCCGCGGCUGAGGCCGCUGCCAAGCAAGGCCUGAUGGUUGUGGCGCCAUCAGAAGCGGAGGCAGAUGCCGCCAGCGGUGGCGCCGCUGCCUCAAUGGCGGCGCUGGCCAGCGCCGCCGACGCCUCAGCGGCUGCAUUUGCCGCCGCUAGCGCCUUCGCGUCAGCCACGUGCCCGGGCGGCCUCGCCGCACAGCAGACGCUGUCGGAGCAGACGGCGGCGGCAGGCGUGGCGUUGGUGUCGCUCUCAUUCCUGCUGUCGCCCGACGUCGAUCCACGCGCGUUCGCUGCCACCGUGCGCCGCCUGCUCACGCCGCUGGCGUCACAAGCCCAGGCUCAGGCCCUGCAGGGACAGGCGCAGCAGGGACAGGCGCAGCCUCUUGCGGUGUACCUGUGUCUGUCGUCCGCAGCCAGCUUCAGUGAGGCGGUCGGCGCAGGUGCAGGUGUUGGUGCAGGUUCUACUGCUACUGCUGCCACAGCCUCGGCUGCCUCGGUGGGGACUGCCACCUCUGGUGGGGACGACCUGCAGGGCGCGGACAUCCUCAGCGUGCUGGCGCUGCGGAUGCGGGUGGAUGUAGCUGGCGGCAGCUGGAGCGUGGCGGCGGGCGGCGGGCUGACGCUGCGGAACGGCGGCCCCGCCGCCAACGCCAUCGGUCCCGCCGGCAGCGGCGGCGGCAGUAGCAGUGGCAGCAGCAGCAGCAGCGGCGGCGGCAGUAGCAGUGAGGGCGUGACGUUGGAGUUGGGAGUGGAGUCUCUCACUGCGCGGGCGGGGCUGGUGGGGCCGGGGGCUGGCGGCAGCGGCGGCGCGGGGCCAGGUGGCGCCGCGAUCGCUCCUGUGCUCAACCCUGAGGGCGUGAUCCCUGGCGGCAGCCCGCCCACAGUUGGUGGGCCGCCGCCGUCGGGCAGCAGGGCCAGCCCGCCGCCGGGUGUGGGGCCUGUGGUGGGCGGUGUCGGCACGGGUGUCGGCGCCGCCGGUGGCAGUAGCACGUCGGACACGGGCGUGUCAACCACCAUCCUGGGGGUGGUUGCGGGCGCCUCGGCCACCGCGACGCUGCUGCUGGUGGCGCUGAUAGCACUCAUUCUGCGCAAGUACAAGGCGCACCGCACGCAACUGUACCUGUCCUCCAUUGGGAAGCCGCUAGGCAAGGACGGCAGGUCGCGCCGCGCCAGCAGCGCCGGUGACGACCUGUCCCCCAGCGCUUCCACCAUCUCCCUGCACCGCACGCCGCGCGCCGCCACACUGCCGCGCGCCACAGUCGCCUUCACCCUCGAUCCCGCCGACGCCACAGACGGCUGCAGGGGCUACCCCGGCGCAAUCGUAUCCGCCGCGGCUGUGGCUGUUGGCAAUGCCGGCGGCGGCAGUGACGGCUGGAGCCGAGUGCCGCCGCCACACGCGUCUGCCGCCGGCGCCGCGGCCUUGGGCGCGGCGGCGUCUCCGCCGCCUCCGCCGCUGCCGCAUGGCCAGUCGCCACUGGCAACGCAAGGCUCGUUCAUGCAGUCGGCCCUGCGGCGGCUCAUCAGCGUCAGCUCGAUCCCCUCAGUGACCUCAGUCGGCGACCUCAGCGCGCUUGAGAUGAGGGCGCUGGAGGCCGGCGAGCAGCGCAUGAGCGGUGGCGGCGCCGCUCCGCUGUCGCCGCCGCUGCCGCCGCCGCCGCGGCCGCUAGCGGUUAGCCCGGCCGGGGGCCGAGGUGCAGGCAUGGCAGUGGGCGCGGGUGCUGCAGGUGGAGGCGGCAGCUAUUGCAGCUCGCCAUAUGCGUCGUCGGCACCAGCGCCGGCGGCGGCGGAGGUAUCCCUAUUCACGGCCCCUGCUGCGGCAGUGCGGGCAGUAGCGGGCGGCGGCCGGCGGGGCAGUGCUGGUGGUGUGUCUGGUGGUGCUGUCCGCCAGCCCGCUGCCUCCAUCACUCUUGGACCAAAAGCAGCCACCACCUCCGUCGUGUUGGGUCCAGCGAUGGCGGCGGCGCCAGGGCCCGGGCCGCUGCCGCGCGCGGCGCCGCCAGCAGCGGCAGCGGCGGCGCUGCGUCCAGCGCCCCAGCCUGCGAGCGCUGCGGCGGCGCCGCCGCCUGUGCAGCAGGCGCAGUCGCCGCGCAUUGCGCCGCCAGUUCUGCCGCUGCAGUGGCUGUCGCCGCCGCGGUCGGCGCCCGCAUCGCCCGCAUUGCAGCCACCGCCGGCGGCACCACCACCGGCCCCGAUCAGGCACGUGCCAGCCGUACUCCCAGAGCCGCAGGCAAUGGUGGCGUCGGCUGUGCUGCCAAGCACGCAGCCUCGGGCGCCGGAAGUAAUGAUGCUGAUUACGAACCCAUUGGCCGAAUCGCACCAGUAACUCUGCAUGUCGUUGCGGUGCACUGCAAGGCCACUGCAAGGCCACCUGCCGGCGCACACGCCGUCCGGUCACCAAUCCGGAUUUUCUUACUCAUGUUCGGCGCAUUCGCCGGCGAUGCCGCCAGACGUGGCCGAUAAAGUGCAUAGGAGUAAGACAUAUCCUUUUCACGCGUGGGUAUUAGACAUUCAACACCCCGAAACAGGCUUGGGCCGACCAAACGCAAUUUUAUGGCUCGAUCUCUGUCGGCGCCGGCUUGGGCGCCGGACGUAGCUCCGUGAAGGAGUUGAGUUUUGGGAGCAUGAUGAUAAGGGCAUUCAUGUGGUCACCAAGUUGGGGAUCCGAGUCAGGCGGUGCAAGGGGGAGGCUGCGGCGCACGCAGCCCGAUUCCGCAAGGGAUUCAUGGACCACCGUUCAUAGGGAUUCAUUCUCAACCCUUACGUUGUGGAAAUAAGCGUGGGUGUCCAGAUGUACAUGACGAGACUACGGCGGACGAGAAUGUGCCGUAUUUAUAGCUCGCUUAUCAGGGUAAUCUUUGGGACAAGUGCAAGCUUGCAGGACGAUUGCCUAAGGUUGCUGUCGCAGGAAUGCGAAACCGGCUGCUAGAGAUUCGUGCAGUGCCCUUUCUGUGUCUGUGUCUGUCAUGCGGAGCCUGCAGAGCCCACGUCUAUUGCGAAUGCAUGAGAUCUGAUGAAAUGAUCUGAUGAGAUAGCCAUACGACUCAGCCAGCUGCCAUUCUGGGGCCUUCCUAAUGUUUGGGGUCGGGUCUGAUGGGCGCUGCUUUGUGCAGGUAACGUCAAGGGUCGCGUGAUCGCCCACUUGCCGCCGCCAGGUGUCGUGCAGGCUUGCUUUGUCUUGCUGGGGUCUCAGCAGCUGCUCGGCUGGGCCCUGUGGGACUCCGCAUACCCUUGCGCGCGGCGACAACCAGGUGACGCAAAUGCGCUGCGAGAACCGUCGACAGCUUGCUGACAGUGGCGCAGGAGGUUCGAGCCUUGAGUGUAAUUUUGUAGUGUGAUUGAACCGCGCAGGUGAAUUGUGUGGUUGAAAUACAGCGGUCAAGAACCGCGGCUGCCAUGGCAGGGAAGCGCACGUGGUGUCCUCUCCUGCAAAUGGCCUACAGUGGCCACUGUCACUGUGCGCGUGCGUCCAUUGUGAAGGUCCUAGACGUAACGUCUGACACAACUGCUUUGCGUGGGAAUGACACGGUUUCGCCGACGUGUGUGCUCUGGCUGGGGACCGGGCAUGGGGAAAGUGUGUAACGCGCGCGCAUGCUGUGCUGGAGAGCCUUCAUGCAGGCUUUUUAGGUCACUUGGAUACGUUCCGUGGCUAUCCGUGGCUAUCCGUGGCUAUUUACCGUAUCUGUUCGUGGCAUACAAUAGUGUGAGCUGGUUCUCUGGCGUUGACUGGGAGGUUCACACGCCUUAUCGCGUGGUGUGCUCUCGUGUGUGUGUGUGUGUGUGUGUGUGUGUGUGUGUGUGUGUGUGUGUGUGUGUGUGUGUGUGUGUGUGUGUGUGUGUGUGUGUGUGUGUGUGUGUGUGUGUGUGUGUGUGUGUGUGUGUGUGUGUGUGUGUGUGUGUGUGUGUGUGUGUGCUCGUGUGUGGAUCCAAUGCAACAGGCGUGAUGGGCCCCUGCCCCCAGCCAAAGCUUAGGGCCGGCUGGCAUAAUUUUGACAUUUACCAAUAAUGUGAUGUGAGUGCUGUUGUGUUCAUGGUCGCUUUAAAUGCAGCAUGACAAGAGGCGCUAUGGGGGUCUUCUGUGGGUCUGAGAUCGACCCUUUUCGGACUGCCCAGCAGGCCCAGCUUACUACAUACCAAGGGCUUGCUACCCUGAAACAUACAUUGCACAGCAUUCUUAAUCCUCAACAAGAGAGUCUCGUCAAUAGGAAUGUAUGACGUGCGAUUGACGCUUUAAAGCGAAGGGUCAUCGUGUGAAAGGGACAUGGUAGUCGGCACACCCAGCCCCGCGGUGCAUGUGCUGACUGCUGAGCUGCACUGCUGCAGUGUUGACGUACCGUCUUGUAAGCUCCGGCGCCC